AAAUUUGAGUAAGACAAAUCCCAAAUUUCUAUGCAUGAGUGUCUCUGGUUUCUCUCUGAUGCCCGUUUCAUUUUUCGCCUAAAACUAUUCUUCGGAUCCCGGAAACAUUCAGGAAUCGGUGAAUCCGGCAAACUAAAAGCAAAAUCCAAGCAGCAGCAGGUUUUUUGGGGGAGUUCUGCAACUUCAACUCUUUUUCUCUCGCAUCGUCAUGUAAACAGACGAGCUGUGCGUAAAAUAUUGGCAAAAAAUUUUAGCAAACUCUUCUUCACCUGUCAGUCCGUCAUAAAUAAAUUAUUAAAUUUCAAGUUAUUUCAAAAUCCGAAAAUAAAUUCGCUAUUAAAAAUCAGUACUUCAAAACUAACAAUUUUAAACACUUGGCUGUAACUAAAUUCGCAAAACCUGUUGACCAAGAAGUGACUGACAUUGAAUUCAAUUAGCACCACAAAGUCCACACCCGGUUUUAACUAAACAAAUAAUUAUCUCGUGUGGGCAUAAAAUAUCAAUUUAACUCUAUUUAGCGACUCGUAGUUUAUCAAAAUGUUCAACAUUUCCAAACUUGUCAACAAAAUUACGGAGCGGGGAAGCUCCCGCGACGGCGGAGAACCACCGACGACCAACUCGGCGACUGGGGGUGGUUCGAUGUCAUUCGUCACCACGGAUGACGAGCAACAUUCCGAGGGUUUCCUUUGCCCCCAGUGCAUGCGGGCUUUCCCCUCCUCAGAAAUUCUGGAGGCGCACUAUAACGCCACACACGGUCAGAACGAUAUCAUCGUGGAAGGUCAUGGUGGCAGCGAGGAGGAUGAAUCUGCCAGCGGCAGUGACGAUUUGCAACUUUUACGUGAACAGAUAGUAACUUUGCAGCGGUGUUUAGCCGAAGAAAAAUCGAUCGUGGAGGAGCUCAAAAACCAUGUCGUCAACAUCCAAAUGAAUCACAGGGAGAGCACGGAAUCACAGGAGAAGCAAUUUGAGAAUGAUAAAGCAUUACUGAAUUCCGAACUUCUCCUCCUCCGCAACCAAUUGACUGCAAGUUUGGCCCAAGUCUCAUCAAUGUCCAAAGAAAAUGAAGCCCUUAAAGGUUCCGUCGACGAUUUAAGGACGCAAAAGUCAAACGGGGAGCAGAAUUCCGUGCUGGAGGAGAAGCUCGUCUCCACACAACAAAUGCUUGACCAAGUCUUGACCUCGCAUAAGAAAGAGAUUGAAGAGCUCGAGCUCAAAUUUAGUCAAUUUUCAGAAACCAAGACCUCCCUUUUAACCAAAGUCCAACAAGCUGAGGGCAAAGUGGUCUCCUUGGGGGGAAUCGUGGAGGAACAGAAGAAAGAGAUUGACCGGUUGAAGGGGGUGGUGGACGAAGGGGAGAAAACCUCAGCCGAGAAAUUAGCCCAGGUUAACAACCUCUUGACUGAGACCACGCAGCGGAAAUCCUCCCUUGAAACCAGCUGCGCGACUUUGACAGAGGAAGUCAAACGCUUAAACGACCAACAGGCCGAACUUUGUCAGAAAUUCGAGGGCGGCGAAGGCGCUAAAGCAGCAUUGGAAGCGCUCCAAAAGGAGAACAAUCUCAUCAAGGAGAACGUUUCGACCCUCACGCAGAAAAAUUCAGAGUUGUCGAGUGCCCUCGAAAACGAGAAGAAAACGGCGGCCAGUUCGAACCAAGAUUUGAAUCUUCAACUUACCACGGCACGAUCCAAACUGACCUCCCUAACAAAUACGAAAGAAGACCUCCUCGCGGCCAAUGUCGCGCUCGGCCAGCAAGUCAAAGAGGCUGACAAGAAGGCGCAACUCGGAAAAGGGAGGGAGGAAGAGUUACACAAAAAAGUGGAACAGGCCAUCGCACAGGGGAAAUUACUAGAGGAAAAAACUACCAAAUUGGAAAAUGUUGUGAAAGAGAAGGACGAACUUCUAACAAAAUCGGCCAAAGAGAGGGAUCAUCUCGAGAAGCAAUUGGAACAAAAAGGGACUGAACUUGGAGAAGUUAAAAGCAAGUUUGAAACCGAAAUAGCUGCUGACAAAUUAAACUAUCACAAUUUACUGGAAGUAAAGGAAAGUCAGGACGCCCAAGUUGUCACCUUGAACAAAAAACUAGCCGAAGAGACCAGUGCCCUCGCCACCCUGCAAGACCGUUACACCACAUUGGAAAAAACGUUCGAAGAAAAGUGUAGCAUUUACGAUGACAUUGUCACCAAAUGUCUCGAACUAGAUAAGAACGUUGCCCAACUAAUGGAUAAACUUGACCAAGCCGAGGAACGAAAUCUCGCCUCCACCAAAAUUAACGAACAGCACACCCAACGUAUCCAAGAGUUGGAGUCCAAUCUUAAAAACUCGGAGCUACGUGGGGUCGAAAUUACAACGACUUUGGAGGCAAAAAUUGUCGAACUGAAUUCCCUCCUCGAAUCUGAAAAGGAAACAAACUCGGUCAAAGUUAAAGAAAUUCAGAGCGUUUUAAAUUUCACCAAUGACGAAAUGCUCGUGACGAAGCAAAGCUUGGAGAACAUGGUGGUCCGAGAGAAAGAAGGCAAAGAACGAUUCGAAGGAAUGGAGACAGAAAUGAAAGCCGCUCUAGAAAAAUUGGAAAAGGUCGAGGGCGAAAAAGAAGCAUUAAAAGUACAAACAGACGCUGCAUUAAAGGAAAAAUUGGAACUGGAGAAAAUGGUCCGUUCCGCCGAAGACGAGAAGGCCAUCCUUCUCGAAAAAUGUCUCUCCUCCGAGUCCGAAAUUGAGCAACUUGCCCUCAAGAUUAACGGCAUGCAGAGGAAGUUGGACGAUUCGUACGCCGCUCUGCAAGAACUCGGCCGCGAAAACCAAAGCCUACAAAUGGAAAGUGCCAAGCUUCAAGGGCGCAAAUGGGCGGAUGACUCCGUCGUCACGACGUGUCCCACGUGCUCCAAAGAAUUUUCCCUCACUCUCCGCAAACACCAUUGUCGUCACUGCGGCCAAAUCUUUUGCAGCGACUGCUCCUCCCGCACGGCGGCGGUUCCCAGUUGCAAAAAACCCGCUAGGGUGUGUGACCCCUGUUAUCAAGAAUUGCUAACCAAGUGAAUGUUGCCAUAUUAUUAAAUCUAAAAGAGUUUAUACACACAAAAAAAAUCCAACACGAGAUAAAUAAAUCUUUUAUGAAAUAACAGAACA